UUCACCACCGAUUUUAUCUGUGCGGAACAGCAAACUCACAAGUCCGAGAUCGCGGAUCAAAACGAUAAAAUUAAAACACUCGAACAGGAAAAGGUUAAGCUGCAGGCGAGUCUCCGCUCUGUAUCCACACGACUCUCUACCAUGGAAAAUAUUUCGAGAAGUUGCAAUUUAGAGUUACAGGCAGUACCAGAGAAAAAGAACGAAAAUGUAAUGCUCAUGUUCAAAAAUCUGUGCUCCACCAUAAAUAUGUCAAUUGCGGAAAACAAUAUCAUCGCUUGUCGCCGAGUUGCCAAGAUGGACACCAAAUCGAGCAGGCCACGUAACAUCUUAGUAUCACUUUCGUCUCCGCUCGUUCGCGACACGGUGUUAGCUAUGGCUAGUCGUCACAACAAGGCGGCGAGAAACUCCACGGACCCCACUAACCAAUUACUCAACAGUAUGCAUCUAGGAAUCACCGGCGAGAGCAAACGGAUCUACGUGGUAGAGCAUCUUUCCCCGGAGUGCAAAACGCUUUACGCUGAAACUAGAAAAGUAGCCAAAUCAAAAGGUUACAAUAUUGUAUGGACACGGUAUGGCAAAAUUUACGUACGUAGGAAUGAACAGUCGGACGCCAUUCAUAUUAAGGACGCUAAUUGUUUGAACAAAUUAUAA